CUCAGUCUCAACAGUCAGUGAUGUAUCCAGCAGGCCUGGCCACGACGCUGCUGGUGCUGCUGGCGAGAAAUGUCACCUCCAGCCUCGACUGUGUCUGCAACGACAUCGACUACGUCACCGACGGAAUCUGUGAUGGUGAAGGAGUGAUCUGGAAGAUUUACUGCGAAGGUUUCGAUGAUUACUGGGUGCACGAGACGUGCGAGACCCUCGCACCGCCGUCCGUGGCAGCGCUGGCCCUGGCACGCCUGGUGCCGCGCAGCUGGAGCCGCGGGCUUUCCCCACCAGUGGAGUGGGAAGCCCCGCGACCUGCAGGGGCAGUCCGGCGGCCUACAGGGGGAGUCCCGCGGCCUGCAGGGGGAUCCCCGAGUCCUACGGCAGAAGAGGGGUGCGGCGGCGCCCUGGCGGCGUUCCGCGGCCUUCAGGGACAGCAGGCCAGGGAGCUGUUCUAUAUAGACAUUCCGUGCCACAUCGCUACCGACUGCAUCGACUCCUGCCGUGUACACGGGUUGAACGACGUGGAAUGGAACUUGGGAACGCUGCCAAAUGAUCAUCUGAGGGACAGUAUUCUUUCCCCUUUAAUGCACACUGUUCGGCGCAUCACAAGAGCCAUAAUCGUCAGGAGAUGGUGCUAUUACCGACGACAAAUUAAGUUUUCUGUCCGACACUUGAACAAAACUGGAUUCCUGGAACGCUACUCCAGCUACAGGCGAGAGUCCGCGCAGCUGCUCUCCCUCGGUGUGACGCAUCUCUCACACCUGUUCAUUCCCCUCGCUUUCGAACACAUGGGUAACCAUAUGAGUGAUGAACUACUUCCUGGAUGGAUUAAGAACGUAAAACGUGUGAGAGACAUGUUGCACACGAAAUUAAGAGGCUGGGUACAAGAUACGCAAUUCGUCAUCGACCAGACAGUGAAUUACAAGAUUGAAGAGGACAAGAAUAGUUCUGGAAAGUAUAUUCUCAGGCGACCGCUGUUGAGUGAUGCGCUACUGGUCUACCAUGGGGAGUAUCUCUCCUUUCAUGACGACUUCAGUGAGCUGUGUGAGGUGCAACAUCCAGAGGCUUCACAAAUGUUCGGUCUCGCCGAUGCGCUGUACAACUUCUAUCAUCGCUACUGGUAUGAUAGAGCACUGGACUACAGAUCACUGGACUUUAACCAAAAAUAUAAAUAUUAUACCAAGACCGUGGAUGAGGAGUGGCAGCUGGAAGACAGAAGCAACGCUACGCUCUACGUGGACACUGGCUGCGUGCAGCUGUUGGUGAAUGCCCUGGACCAUCCCACGUGCCCACUGGAAGACCUGCCACCAGAGAGGAUCGAGCAGCGUGAUCAGUGCCGUGUGCAACUUUGGGACGACAUGGUGCAGAGGUCACCCCACAUACCUGUGACCAGCUACCUGGCUUACACGCAGAGGACAAACGUCAACCUCUGCCUCUUGGCCUGGAUGACUGUCAACUCACACAGCAUUUGUCAGGACGUCCCCUUUAGUAUGACGCAGUCCGUACAAGAUGCUCGCUGCUAUUUCGAUAGCCCUGACGACCAGUCGUGUCUGCAGUCGAACGAUACAGAUGCCAUCUGCUCUGUUUUCAGAGCUCUUCUGUUGCUGAAAUGUCGCGAUUUUUCCUCACAUAAGCCUCUAGAGGUGUGUGCCGUCAAACUUUACUCAGAUGGAUCGUACUCUACAGUGUUCAAUGCAACUUGGGGAGAAGGUAUCUACAAACAGUAUGGAAAGCCAACACAAAGAGCCCUGAAAUACAAAUACGGUUUAAACAGCGCCACGUUGAAAUACAAGGAUUUUAAAAUUGACAACUUAAAACCAUUAGAAAUCUCAUUUAUAACACUAAAUAUUCUUUUCCGCUUAUUGACUGCAGGGGUAUAUAUGUACCUUCCCCAGUUACGUAAUUUACCUGGAAAGAUAUUCUUGUCCUUUCAGAUCACGGGUAUAGUCCAGAUCCUGUGCUCCGAGGUCGUGUAUCGUAUGGUAGGCGUCCCUGACUUAUCGACAGCAGUGCUGAUCGAUAGCGCCCUCACACUUUUAAGUUGUUUCUGGCUAAACUCAUUCUGCUACCAAAUGUUCGCAUGCAUUCGUUAUCUCAGACUCCCUAACGACCUGCUACGUGCUGAAGCAAGCCAGAUAUUCCGUCGUCAGGCGCUGUAUGCAGUAAUAGCCUGGAGUACUGUAUGUGCAGCAUGUAUUGCUUUCGAAAAGACAAGCAAACAUUACCUGAUGUACAGUCGGAUAUUAUUCCUGCUGGGUAUUACACUGUCGAUAUCUUUCAAUUUGAUUUGUCUCGGACUGCUGGGAUACAUGUACCUAUGUACUCGGAAUUCCAUGAAGCAACUCAAAAUUUUUAGUGGCGCUAAAUUUGCUUCAAAGAAACAACUUCUUUUUAUGUCAGUGAAGGCUGUAAUCUUAAGUGGAGUAGGAAUAAUCAUUCGAAUUGGGUUCCACCAGGCACAGGGUAUAGCUCAGUUUGUGUACUACGUACAUAUCGCUACAAUGGUGCAGGGACCAGUGCUAUUCGUUUGCUUCGUUUGUAACGAAACAACACUCCCUCUUUUCAAGAACAUGAUACUGUCGUGGUGGGACCCAGACAUCGUCUGUCACGGACGAGAGCUCUGUUCCGCAGAGGAAAGAAAUCUGGCAAGGACCCUCAAUGAACAGACUUUGGCUGCAGAAUACUCGUUGUAAUCUUCAUAAGGAUCCUUUUAACGGACUACAUUCAUUGUAGACCAUAAUAACGUCUGUGACUAGUUAUAAAAAUAGAAUCUACUUCAUGAGAUUACAUUAACUGCGGCCGAUAUCGCACAGUCAGUACUUCAGCUUACUAAUUUGUACUUUGUUUAUAAUUGUGUGCUUGUUUGUACAUGUUAGUCUAUUUAUACGCAUUCUAAUACAGUGAGAUUAAAUAAUU